GAACAGGGCUACCUGGCUGAGGAACACCACAACCCGAUCGAUCCGCUCCCCUGAUCGACAAGCAAGGGUGGAUCUCGGGCCGAUCAUUGCCCCCUGUCAAAAUUUACGCAAGGCGAUAGUCAUCAGCCCACCACAUCCUCCGUCCUUAAAACUGAACUGGCCCCUCUUCACACACCCGUCUAACAUAGACGUGAACGACAGAUAUGCGAUUCUCCCCGGUUUUUCUGCUCUCAUGGGCUCUGCAGGCCUCGGCCACCAUUUUGCAGAAUGGUCAGGCUCGAGAAGAUCCCUAUCCUGGACAAGCUCCGAGUAUUUCGCUGGAGGAUGGCUCCUGGAGGAGUUAUGGACCCGAUGCGUCGGAAAUAUCGUAUAAGGGGAGGUGGGAUAGCAAAUAUGUUUCUUGGUGGUCACUUCCGGGUAUCAAGCUUGGGUUUACCGGCGAACAGCUUGCUCUGAGCUUCGGUCCGCAGACGAGUGAAGGAGUCCUGCUGGCAUAUCGAAUCGGCGGCUUGGACUGGGAGUUUUCGAACGUGACUGCGAAUGCGACGUACCAAUUUGCUGGAUCAUCGACCCCGGGAUUGAACUUGUCCAACAACAACACGUUUGAGAUGCGAGUGACGAACUGGGGCUACGGAGUCCAGUUGUCCGGUGUUUCCGUUGCCUCGGAUGCAAAACUAGUCGCAGCCCCUGCAUACAAUAAGACGGUGGAAAUUAUCGGCGAUUCCUUCGCAUCGGGACAAUAUGCCACUUAUGAAGGGCUUUCAUCAUGGGCGUACAACUUUGCUGCCGGAUUAGGGGAUGUCGAAUACUCGAUCACCGCAUAUCCCGGAAUUUGCUUGACGGACGAAGAGUGCUAUGCGGAUAAGGCGCGGGGCAUGACAUAUCAAUGGUUCUACGCCUCCGACGCAGGUGUGCGUGCCAACGCUACCUACGGAGACCAUCCCGAGAAAUGGAACUUUAGCUCGCACCAACCAGCAGAUCUCGUCGUUAUAGACCUGGGGACCAACGACCGCCGGCCCCAAAACAACAUCCCCGGCUCGACCUUCUAUGACAGCUAUGUCGAGCUCGUGAACAGCGUGCAUAAAACAUAUCCAAACGCACAGAUAGUCAUCAUGUCCCUCUGGGGCAACUUCACCCGCUCCGGCGACACCUACAUACAAUCCCCAUUCUACGUCUCCGAGAUCCAGCGCGUCAGCCAGCACUUCCAAGACGACGGAUUCGUGCACUACUUCGGCACCAAGGGCAUCCUUCAACACAACGACAUCGACCCCCAAGAGCAUCCCACCGACGUCGGACACUUGAAAAUCGCCAGCCACCUCAUGCAAUGGACUAAGCUGAAACUCGGCUGGGAAUUUGGAGCCACCGGACCAGAAGUCCAGCACGACACGCUCUACUGGAACAACCAGGACAGCUACCGGUGAAGACCCCCCCCCUCCCCCACCCAGUCCAUACCUACAAAAUCAAACCAACCUACGUAUGUAUCAUACCAAACAAAGCAAAUUUACAUAAA